CAAAGUCUUCUCACACAGGAUCUGGGAGAGAGACAGAGAGGGUGAGCCUGCAGACUGCUGUCCUUCCCUCCCAGAGCAGUGAGGAGAGAGAACUUUGGGCUGUGAGGUUGGAACUUGUGAACCAGGAGGUGAAACAUUGUAUCUCUUAAUUCCAAGAUCCUUAUCUCAACUUUCUAGGUAUAGCAGACAUGAGCUGCUGUGGAGACUGAGCCCCAACAAGCAUGGAGUGGGGGUCCUAGGAAAUCAAAGAGACAUGUGGCCAGUAGGUGAUGUCCAGGAGUAAGGACCAACUGGCCACAGGUACCCCAGGAGGGGACAGCACCCCAAUGUACCACGGAUGCUUUAUUUAUUUAUUACUGGCACUUAUGAAGCACCAACAUAUUCCGAUAUCGUGUGCAUUGGAUUAAUCAUCCUGACAGCUAUACCCCUGUGAUGUGCUCAGUGAAGUGGGUGUAGCACGAAGCUUCAGGACAAAGAUGGACCUGCGGAGGCGUCCAAAGCUCUGAGAUACAAGGCAGAGUUACUCCUUGCUGGACCUGAUCGGAGUUUGUAGCUCUGAGCUAAAGGUCAGAAGAACCUAACCCCCUGAAGUGAGGUCCAUAGCCCUGAGAUACAAGGCAGAGAUACUACUUGCUGGACCCAGUGGACAGUGAGUUGGUCAGAGCCUCAGGACCAGGGGCUACCUAGUAAUGUGACUAGGGGUGUGCAGACGAGCAUUGAGACACAAAGAAGUAUCCCAGGAUAUGAACAGCUAAAGGAGUGGGGGUGUUUCCAUGCUUGGGAAGAAUGAGGGCUGCUCUCACUCUGAUUCCUUCGGUGCUGCUCCUUCUCAUGGGGAUAUUUUUGUGGGGAUGGAGAGGAGCUAGUCCCACAGUACAUCCAGGGCACCUUUCUCACAGAUCGACACGUGCAUUGCUGCCCACUGUGCCCACUCAUCAUGCUCAGAGACAACUCAGAGCUCAAACCCCACCCGUGAUGGAGGGACUCUCACAUAAAGGAGCGUCUAAGGAGAAUUCUAAUCUCAGUGCACAUGGUCUGUCAAUGGGGACCUCUAGGACUAACACACAGUAUCAUUCCACUAGGACAUCCUCUAGCGACCCUCUAGAACAAGGUAUUUUUUGGUCUCCAGCAGUGAAGCUGCCUCGGGGCUUCCCAGAGGAUAGUGUCUUGCACUGGCAGAUGGGUGCCCGCACUGCCCGCAUUAUGUCACUCGAGCGAGGAUGUGGUCGCAGUACUAACCGCUUGGCCACUCUGUCAGAUGGGAGUUGGGUGUGUGUGCGAUAUGGGAUUAACUCCGAACAGAUCAAGGGAGAGGUGCUGUCAUUCUACCUGUCUCGCUUGCUGGGUUUGGGUGGGGUGCCACCCUGCGUGCUCUCUAGGGUGGGCAGCACACAGUGGAAUCCAGUACAAGCAGAGGUGGUAAGCACAGGAUGGGAUCCUGGAUCUAUUGUUAGUUUAACCAAUUGGGUCCAAAACCUGAGUGCAGUUCUACCUCCCCGAGCCCUACGAGCUGAAGAUGGUCAGCUGCGCCCAUUGCAAGAUGAAUUACGCUCAGGUGAUGUGGACAUGGUGGAGCUGGCACAAUGGGCAGACCUUAUACUGUUUGACUACCUGACUGCAAACUUUGACCGCUUGGUAAGCAAUAUGUUUAGCUUACAAUGGGACCCACGUGUCAUGCUAAGAGGAACCAAUAAUUUACACCGUACACCAGACGGGACAUUGAUACUGCUGGAUAACGAGGCUGGCCUGGUCCAUGGCUACCGGCUUCGGGACACGUGGGAUAAAUACAAUGAACAGCUGCUUGAGACUGUGUGUAUGUUCCGCAGGGGCGUGGCACAAAAGCUGAAAGAGUUCCACACAGAGCAGAAUGUUGCUCAAGAACUACAUACAUUGUAUAUGCACUCUGAACCCUUGGCUGAGGAGCUUGGCCUUUUGUCUGAGGCAGAGGGGCAAAUAUUGCAGGAGAGAGUGGGGCUUUUGUACAGCCACAUACUAAGCUGUCAGGACAGGUACAGCUGAAAAACAGGAUGUGGGACUUAGCAGUCAGCCAGUAGUGGUCAGUGGUGCUACUGUCAGGCUAGAGACAGCUUGGGUGAAUGGGCACUUCUGGUAUGAAUUUAGAUGAGGAAUGUGAAGAGGUUGGUAGAACAAAGAGGUUUUGACUGUGCCUAUUUAGACAUGUACACUGUUAGGAUUUAAUGUACACGCAGUGGGAGCAUUGCUGAAGCACUUAUAGGAACACUACUGAGAUAGGUGCGGGCAGUGAGAGUAGACCCAGGCUAGACAUAGCUGGUAGAGAACAAAACUAGGUUGAGACCAGCUUGUGGAAAAUGCUAACGAGACAGCUGAUGGGGAUCAACAACAGAAAUAGAACUGACUGGGAACAAUGGGUCAGUUGGGUUUGGUGGAGUUAUUCAGGAGCAAUGCUUGGACUCCUGGUGGAAACUAUUGUUACAUUUAGUGGGACCACCUACGUGGAAGGUUGUGGUUUUGGUGUGGUGCAAUGCCACGUUAGAUACAGUAUUAAGAUUGGUAUACCUCAUGAGUAAUGGCAUCAGCUUAGGCAUUGCUGGUGGGUAGACAAUGCAGCUGGGGGACAGUAAGCAAUAGCACAGUGUUGCCAGUGGAGAGGUAGGUAGAUAGGUGGGUAUGUAUUUGCAACUCACACUAGGAGUUUUUUCACUGACAAUUAGAAACAGAUAAAACCAGCACCGAUUGGCUCUACUGAGCUUAUGUCCCACCUUGGGCAUGGGGUGUGAGACUCUGUCCCCAAUAUUAAUAAAAAACAAUGCCAAUUAAUGGCAUCCUUCUGGGAAGUAAAAUUCUUAAGUCUGCUGAUUGCACUGCUGGCCCAUAGAAUUACUUUAUACCCCCAAUGCUCUGGCUAACACUUUGCCAUAGGGGGGUUUAUUUAUUAAACAGUCAGUUGUAGUGAAUUGAAAACUGAAUUUUAAGAUUAAGGCCAAAGUAGUUGAUCUGGAAAAAAAUAUCCAAUUUCUUUAUAGCCAUAGUUUGGCUAUAUUAGCCUGAAUUUUGUAGUUUAGUUAUCACUGUUUAGUGAAUAAGCCUUUGUGUAAUACUCAGGGAGAUUUCUACAGAAAAGCUGACCAAAGGCAUCACAGUCUAUUUCACUAUCAAAGACUUGAAUAUAAUAUACUAAACGUCUACCUUCCAAAUGACUCCCUUUAUUUGCAUAUAUUCCGGUCUUGUCUGGAGGAUUUGCAGGUAAUCCGCCUUAAAUUCAGACGUAUUUAUAGUCACUGCUUUUAUGUGGGAACAUUUUAAACUUUACAAGAAGGCUUGGGACCUGCACCAUAUAAGCUAAUCACUGACAACAAACCCUAUCAUCCUUGGAUGAUGGGACUUGAUGCCCAACGUGAAGUAUGCCAAACUAUUUUUCUUAAGAUAGAAUAAUUAAGGAAUGUAUUAAUUAAAUGCCAUAUUGUAGUACAUUACCAUCCAAAUUACAUAAAAAUAGCCAAGCUUUGUGACAAAUUUGUAGAAUUUUUCAGUCAGCUAUUUUUGCAAGUCAGAUUUCAAUUCACUACAGUUUAGGUGUGUAUUAUUAUUAUUUAUAAAGCGCCAACACAUUCUGAAGCGCUGUACAAUAUGUGACAAAGUUACUAAGAAGUGAACGUUUAGCAAGCUAAAUUGCUGUCAAAUUUAAAAGGUUUUAGAACUGUCUCCAACUUGAAAUCAGAUGUUUUAUGUUAGUAAAAUACUCUUGAUUUUUCACUUCUUAGUAAAUAUCUCCCUAGAUGGUUGUGCACCUUUAAGACACUCCCCAAUUAACCAUUUUGGGUCCGUUUACCCCAGGGAUAGGCAACCUUCGGCUCUCCAGAUGUUUAGGACUACACCUCCCAUGAUGCUUUGCCAGCAUUAUGUG